GCCCUCUCCCUGGCCCUGCUGCUCGGCAUCGCCGUUGUGGCCCUGGCCAUCCAGUACCGCCGAGAUCCCUCUCACAGCACGUGCCUGACGGAUGCCUGCGUCCGCGUGGCCAGCAAGAUCCUGGAGGCCCUGGAUGUGGAGACGGACCCGUGCCAGGACUUCUACCAGUACUCGUGCGGCGGUUGGAUCAAGAGGAACCCGCUGCCCAAUGGGCGCUCCAAGUGGAGCACCUUCAACAGCAUCUGGGACCAGAACCAGGCCAUCAUGAAGCAUCUUCUAGAGAACGCCACCUUCAACUCCAGCAGCGAGGCAGAGCGGAAGACGCAGCGGUACUACCUGUCCUGCCUCAAAGAGCAGAGGAUAGAGGAGCUGGGCUCCCAGCCCCUCAUGGAGCUCAUCGACAAGAUCGGGGGGUGGAACGUCACCGGCUCCUGGAACCAGAGCAGCUUCAUGGAGGUACUCAAGAUGGUGUCAGGCACGUACCGGGCAACCCCCUUUUUCACGGUGUACGUGGGUGCAGACUCCAAGAGCUCCAACAGCAACGUCAUCCAGGUGGACCAGUCGGGGCUUUUCCUGCCAUCCCGGGAUUACUACCUGAACAAGACCGCCAACGAGAAGGUCCUGGCAGCGUACCUGGACUACAUGGUAGAGCUGGGCACACUGCUGGGGGGUGCCCCGGAGCCCACCCGCCUCCAGAUGCAGCAGGUGCUGGACUUUGAAACCCAGCUGGCCAACAUCACCGUGCCCCAGGCUGAGCGGCGGGAUGACGAGAAGAUCUACCACAAGAUGAGCAUCGCUGAGCUGCAGGCCCUGGCCCCUGCCAUUGACUGGCUGGAUUACCUGUCCUAUGCCCUGGCCCCACUGGAGCUAGUGGACACAGAGCCCGUGGUGGUGUAUGGGGACACCUACCUCCAGCAAGUCUCUGACCUCAUCAACAGCACCGACAGGAGCGUCCUGAACAACUACCUUAUCUGGAACCUGGUGCAGAAGACAGCCUCCAGCCUGGACCAGCGCUUCGAGACGGCCCAGGAGAGGCUGCUGGAGACUCUCUAUGGCACCAGGAAGUCCUGCACACCCCGCUGGCAAACCUGCAUCUCUAACACGGAUGACACGCUGGGCUUCGCCCUGGGCUCCCUCUUCGUCAAAGCCACUUUUGACCGGGACAGCAAGGCCAUUGCUGAGGAGAUGAUCAGCGAGAUCCGGGCGGCCUUUGAGGUGUCCCUGGACCAGCUGGACUGGAUGGAUGAGAAGACCAGGCAGGCUGCGAAGGAGAAGGCGGACGCCAUCUACGACAUGAUCGGCUUCCCCGACUUCAUCCUGGACAACAAGGAGCUGGACGAUGUUUAUGAUGGGUACGAGGUCUCAGAGGACUCCUUCUUCCAGAACAUGCUCAACUUCUACAACUUCUCCGCCAAAGUGAUGGCUGACCAGCUCCGGAAACCCCCCAACCGUGACCAGUGGAGCAUGACCCCGCAGACCGUCAAUGCCUACUACCUGCCCACCAAGAACGGGAUCGUCUUCCCUGCUGGCAUCCUGCAGGCUCCCUUCUACGCCCGCAACCACCCCAAAGCCCUUAAUUUCGGUGGCAUCGGCGUGGUGAUGGGGCACGAGCUGACCCACGCGUUCGACGACCAAG